AUGCGUCUCUUUGCAAGUCUGUGCAUUGCGCUUGGCUUUUUGGAAAGAGUGAGCUGUUCGUGUCCUUCACAGUGCACCUGUGAUUAUCAUGGCAGAAAUGACGGCAUGAGAUCAAGGUCUGUGCUAUGUAGUGACCUGGAUAUGAACGAGGUACCUACAAACUUCCCCGUGGACACUGUGAAGCUUCGCAUAGAGAAGACCGUUGUCCAUAGGAUCCCCGCCGAGGCCUUCUACUACCUGGUGGAGCUCCAGUACCUCUGGUUGACCUAUAAUUCUGUGGCCAGCCUUGACACCAGCAGCUUUUACAACCUAAAGCAGCUGCAUGAGUUGCGCUUGGAUGGAAAUUCUCUGGCUGCUUUCCCUUGGACAUCUCUGAGGGACAUGCCUCGUCUGAGGACCCUGGAUUUGCACAAUAACAGAAUAACCAGUGUGCCAAACGAGGCGGUCACGUAUCUGAAGAACCUUGCCUACUUGGAUUUAUCAAGCAACAGAUUAACCACACUGCCGCCAGAUUUCCUGGACAGCUGGUCCCACUUAUUUACAGCAUCAUCCAGAAGCCUGGACCUUUCAGCAAGAAGAAUUAUUCUUGGCCUGCAGGACAACCCAUGGUUCUGUGACUGUCACAUUUCCAAAAUAAUGGCAUUGUCAAAAGUUGCUGACCCUGUGGUAGUACUUCUCGAUCCACUGAUGGUUUGUAGUGAACCGGAACGCCUCACAGGGAUUUCGUUUCAGCGGGCUGAGCUGGAGCAGUGUCUGAAGCCAUCAGUGAUGACCUCGGCCACCCAGAUCACGUCUGCUCUGGGCAGUAAUGUUCUGCUGCGGUGUGAUACCACUGGCUACCCUACCCCGCAGCUCACCUGGACCAGACCAGACAGCUCGCCAGUUAAUUAUACAGUAAUUCAGGAAUCUCCAGGGGAGGGAGUCAGAUGGUCCAUAAUAAGCUUGACAGGCGUUUCUUACAUGGAUGCUGGGGAUUACAAAUGUAAGGCCAAAAAUUUGGCUGGGAUGUCAGAAGCUGUGGUUACUGUGACAGUGGUUGGUGUUGUCAUGACCACCGUAUCAUCAGAAACUUCUGAAAAAAGAACUGGGAAUCACCCUGAGCAAGAGGUCCAGCUGGGAUCUAGAACAUCUGCAACUCUACCUGGUUCAUCGUUGUCUCCCUGGCCUUAUUCCUCCUCUUCUUCCUUCCCAGCUUCUUCCACUUUUCUUCCUACUUCUACUUCAUCGCCUCCCUCCACUGCUUCCUCCUCCUUAUCUCCUUUCUUCUCCUCCAUUGUUUCUUCAGCCACAACUCCCAGCACUAGAAUAUCUACAAGCACUACCAUGGCCAGCCGUCAGUCACUCCAUCCAGAUGGGAAAAGAAAUGUCAAGGUGGAGAUGGGUAGCGGUAAGCUUCCCCCAGCUAGUGCAAGUAGAAGAGAAGAGUUGGCAUUGUUGGAUCAAGCCCUGCCGAUGGAAACGAAUGCCACAAUAGAAAAUCUCCAGGUAGUCAGCGAAACCGAAGAAAGCGUGAUCUUGAUGUGGAACACCAUUAACACCACGCAGAAUUUGGAAGUGACUGUGUUGUAUUCCAAGUAUGGUGAGAAGGACCUGCUACUGCUUAAUGCAGACUCCAGCAAGAACCAAGUCACCAUAAGUGGCUUGUUGCCUGGUUGGCAAUAUAUAGCAUGUGUCUGUCCAAAAGGAAUGCCUCCCCAGAAAGACCAAUGUAUCACCUUUUCUACUGACAGAGCUGAAGAAGAAGGUGAUUCUCAAGGGUCUUUCUUUAUGGUGGUGAGUGGUGCUGCCUGUGUUGUUGUCUUGCCAUUGAUUUUUUUCCUGUUGUACAAAGUUUGCAAACUUCAGUGUAAGUCAGACUCCCUCUGGGAAGAUGAUUUGGCGAAAGAGACUUAUAUCCAAUUUGAAACGCUGUCCCCCAGGUCUCAAAGUGUAGGGGAACUUUGGACGCGAAGGCCCAGGGACGAUUCAGAAAAAUUGCUGCUUUGCUCUAAGUCAAGUGUGGAAUCUCAUGACUUUUAA